ACUGUCGCGUUUCCUGCAGUCGGGUCGCAAGCGGCGAGCAGAUAUCCCGGCGGGCCUAGCGCCGCCUCUUUCUUUUUCCGGCCGGCCAUUUUCUGUCGCGGGAGGGCCCUAAGCAGCCAUGGCGCCCAGCCGGAAUGGCAUGAUCUUAAAGCCCCAUUUCCACAAAGACUGGCAACGACGAGUGGCUACGUGGUUUAACCAGCCUGCCAGGAAGAUCCGCAGGAGGAAGGCCCGGCAGGCAAAGGCCCGGCGUAUCGCUCCCCGUCCGGUAUCUGGACCAAUCCGACCCAUUGUGAGAUGUCCCACCGUGCGAUACCACACAAAAGUCCGCGCUGGUCGAGGAUUCAGCUUAGAGGAGCUGAGAAUGGCUGGCAUUCACAAGAAGUUUGCUCGGACAAUCGGUAUUUCGGUGGACCCCAGGCGGCGUAACAAGUCUACGGAAGCCUUGCAAGCCAACGUGCAGCGGCUGAAGGAGUAUCGCUCCAAGCUCAUCCUCUUUCCCCGGAAACCCUCUGCUCCUAAGAAAGGGGACAGUUCAGCAGAAGAGCUCAAAAUGGCCACACAGCUCUCUGGACCAGUUAUGCCCAUCAGGAACGUUUACAAAAAGGAGAAGGCCCGGGUUAUCUCCGAGGAAGAGAAGAACUUCAAAGCCUUUGCCAGCCUGCGCAUGGCCCGGGCAAAUGCCCGGCUCUUUGGCAUCCGGGCUAAGCGAGCUAAGGAAGCAGCCGAACAAGAUGUGGAAAAGAAGAAAUAAACUUUUUGCUCUCUCAAUAAAGGAGGCUAGAAUUGAA